ACAUGAAACAAGAUACUUCUAAACGUCUAUUCACCUUGAUGUAAACUAGGAUGACGUUGUACACAUGCUAGAAAUGAAAGCAGCAGGAAAAAUGUCAAAAAAUUGGAAAAUAUCGAAAAUCCUGUGUAUUUAGCAAAUAUAUGCUAUCAAGCUGGCUUUCUGCAUAGACAGUAGAUAUUUAUCCAGUGAAGAUUCUCACUUUGUUGAUCUUGUUACAGAAGAUUUGGUAGACUUUAAGACACAUUCCUUAUAUAAAGUGGUUUUGCUGUUUCCACCAGUUAAUAAUUACUUGCGAUUGCUGAUCCAUAAGACUGUAGAAGAUUUUCCAGAUCUACAUAGUUUCUCUGUAGGAGAAGGGAACCAGAGGCAGACAGUUGUCUGCUGGACUCAAGCUUUAAUUGAUAGGGACAAGGCAGUAGAGUUUGAUUACCUCCGACCCCCAGGGAUGAGGGGUCGGGGAAGAGCUAGGUUCAAGGGUAACAACAGUCCCAGCCCAGGUCCAGGAAACAGAAAUGGUUCUGGAGAUAAUGGAGACAGAUGGAGUCAUGACAGAUAUAGUCCUGAGCUAGGUACCAGACAGACUCCUACCUAUAAUGAUAGACAGACUAGACCGGGAGCCAUUAUCAGUUCAAGGUCACCAUGCCAACAGAAUGAUGACAGAAGUAGUCCAGUUGGUAGGCCAGUGAGAACUGAAGAACAAAGAACACCUGUAGCAGGAAAUGAUGCUUCCUCAUCAAGUGUUAAAAAGUCUGAGAGACCCAGAAAUCGUCGUCCUGAUGUUCAGGUGUACGUUCCACGGGCCAGACGUCAGCAGCCUGGUCAGAAUGGCCAUGAGAACCAAGCUAGCCCGGAUCAUUCAGAAGUUAUGCCGAGAGUUACUCCUGUCAGACAGGUGAUUCAUAAUCAUAUUAAAGGAUAUGAAAAAAAGAAGGAUUCUGAAGAAGAUGGUGAUGAUAUAAAAAGUGCUAUAUUAAGAAAUUCAGUAGAUGAUGGUGAAAACUUUCCAAAGUCUGACAGUCACAGGAAUACUAAUAUUGAAUCAUAUGUAGGUGAUGAAACUGAAAACCUACCUGAUGAUAACAUUGAUAGUGAUGAAGUGAUGAAAGAUGGGGCCAACACUGAGGAUAUUCAUCAAAUUAAAGAUUGUGAAAUUCCUGAUGAAAAUUUAACAGAGGAAAACAAUACUAAAGAAAAUACUGUGGAAAUAAACAAUGAAAAUUCUGCUGAAGCAAUGGACUGUACUCUGUCCUGUGGUGAAUCUUUGAUGAGGAAACAGGAAAUUGAUAAAGAAGACAUUGAAAUGUCUGGAAACUUAGAAGAACAGCCAGAUGAUGAUGAGAAAGAGUUUGAGGAUGGAAACAAAUCAAAAGGUGUGAGUAAUGUUGACCAAUCAGACGCUGUUACUGAUAAUAGCAGCCAAUCAAAAGAGGAGGAAGUAGAUGAAGACUCCUGGGAUGCUAUGUUUGAUGAUGAUGGUGAAUGUUUGGAUCCGACAGCAAUGGAAGAGUUAACAAAGACUGUUGGUAAAGUGAAGAUCCAGAAGUCAAAGAAGAUCAACUAUCUAGACUAUCAGCCAAAAGAUAAAUCUAAUUUUGAUUUUACUCAAUAUGAACAUAUUAUAGAGAUAUAUGACUUCCCCGUAGAUUUUGUUACAAGAGACCUAAUUAUAGCAUUCCAGGCCUUUAUGUCUCGGGGGUUUGAUCUCAAAUGGGUAGAUGAUACACAUGCCCUUGGAAUAUUUAGUAGUGCAAUAGCAGCUCAAGAUGCAUUACAGUUGGUACAUCCUUUGUUGAAGGUACGUCCACUAUCACAGGCCUCUAAACAGUCACAGAAUAAAGCCAAGAGAUGUACUGAAUUUUUACAACCAUAUAAACCUCGGCCUGAGACUUCAGCAAUGGCAGCAAGACGUCUAGUAGCAGGUGCUCUCGGCCUAGCAACAGGAGUAUCCAAGGAGAAGCGUGAAAUGGAGAGAAAGCAACUUAAAGAAGCCAAAGCCAAGAAACGUCAGGAGAGGCAAAAUAGAGAAAAUAUCUGGGAGUACGGGAAUUGUGCAAUGGAUGAAGAGCCAUAGAAAUAUAAUGAAUAAUUGUGUUUCAGUAUUAUAUUGAAAGAACAAAGGUAACUUGUGGACUUAUGUAUGCAUUGAGGAAUAAAAUAUGCAAGAAGAAAAAUCCCGAGUAUCAAGCUCAUGAUAGACAUUCAGUAAAUAUGUUUGUUUACCAAGUUCUUACUGAUGACACGAAGAACAAAAUACGCAAGGAAGAAUAAGUUUGAGCUUCAAGCUGUAAGAGGAUAUAGAAAGAGUAUGUUGCAGAAUGAUUCAAGCGCUUAAAAGACUCUGAGCUAAAAUAUUGAAGAAUAUUUUUAAGCUUUUAGAGGAAACUGAGCUGUUAUGUUGAAGAAUGUUUCAAGCUGUCAGGAAACACUGAGCUGAAACGUUGAAUUUCAACCACUUAGAAGACACUGAGCAAAAAAACCUUGAAUGACUUA